AUGGAUGACCCAUUUGAUGAUGAACAAAUCAAAGAAAUUAGAGAAGCUCUGGCGUCUGAAGGAUCUGCCUCAGCAGUUGCAAAGAUCCAGGAGUAUUUUGAUAGGCAGGAUAGUAUUCAACUAAAUAUCGGCAUCACAGGAGACUCUGGUUCUGGUAAAUCCACCUUUGUUAAUGCCUUUAGAGGCGUAGACAACAGAGAUGAUGGAGCUGCUCCCACUGGCUGUGUAGAAACCACCAUGGAGGUUACACCAUACCCAAAUCCUAAAAUUCCCAGCGUCAUACUGUGGGAUCUUCCUGGUAUUGGCACCACCAACUUUCCAGCAGACAAAUAUCUGCAGCAUGUUGGAUUUGAAAGGUUUGACUUCUUCAUCAUCGUCUCAUCUGAUCGCUUCACAGAAAAUGAUGUGAAGCUCGCUCUGGAGAUUCAGAAGAUGAAGAAAAAGUUCUACUUUGUUCGCUCGAAGAUUGACGAUAACUUACGUAAUGAAAAAAGAAGUCAGAGGGAGUUCAACAGAGAAAGAACUCUUCAAAAGAUCAGGGACAACUGCAUUCAAGGUCUUGUAAAACAAGGUGUUGAGUCUCCACAAGUCUUCCUGGUGUCCAGCUUUGAUCUCCACCUCUAUGACUUCCCUCUUCUACAGCAGACCCUAGAGAGAGAACUUCGUACACACAAGAAGACUAUUUUGCUGUUGGCCAUUCCCAACAUCAGCCUGGAGGUCAUCAGCAAGAAGAAAGAGGCUUUACAAGCAACUAUAAAGUACACGGCCACUUUAUCUUCACUCAUUGCGUCUGUACCCAUCCCUGGGCUCUCUUGUGCUGCUGAUUUGACCAUGCUGGUUGAUAACAUUUCAAAGUAUCAAGUUACUUUUGGUCUUGAUAGUGUGUCACUGCAGAAUCUUGCUCGUAGUGCAGAUGUGCCUUUGGAUGAUCUCAGAGCAGUGAUGACAUCACCACUAAGCUUAAAUGAAAUAAGCACAGAUCUGAUCAUCAGGGAACUGUGCUCUUCUCCGAAUAAUAUUGCAAUAAUGAUAGCAGAGGAAGGGUUGAGAUAUAUUCCAUUAUUUGGAAUCCCAGAAUUGGCCCUCUCUUUUGCCUUCACCUACAAAUUUCUCAAUACUUCCCUCAACAUGCUUGCUGAGGACGCACAGAAGGUGUUUGAAAAGGCUCUGGGUUUGAUGUUAUGAGGUGAAUUGAAAUGUGGCACUUUAAAAAAGGGCAGCAUGCAAAUGAGCUUCUGGAUGAUUUCUGACUACACUGUAAUAUUACCGUAGUAAAAGUAUUGCAUGUAGUUAUGGAUUUCACUUUUCCAAAAUGUGAUGUUAGCUUUCUAAACACUGUAUUUCAAUCUGGGAUUUUGAGUGAUCAAAUAAAUGUGAUUU